GAUACUUCGAAAUCGACGUGCCAGUUGUUAGAUAAGAUCAAAAGAUAAGGUCCGUCGGUCUUCCGAGUCAUUAACCUGGCCAUCCGUAAAGUGCCACCCACCGAAACGGUUAUUAUCGCUCGUACGACCACAACUGUGGACAACGAUGGCCAAUCCUAAGUCCCAAACUACAAUCAGUCCACACAGCCAGGCACCUUUGUGCACACGUGUAUAUCCUGAUGAAUCUGAGCUCGACGAGAAACUUCAGAAAGCUGCACGAGCUCAGAAGGAAUGGCAAAAGAUAGACAUUAAAGAUCGCAUCGCGAUCGGGCACAAGUUCAUGGAAGAGUUCGAGAAGAUGAAAGGGGAUGACUUGUAUCUGGAGCUUACAGAACAAAUGGGUCGGCCUGUCAGCCAGGUUCCCGGAGAGAUCAGAGGCUUUCUGUCGCGAGCGCAGUACAUGCUCUCCAUCGCCGAGCCCAGUCUUGCAGACGUAUCGUUGAAGGACACAGACGUACCUGGCUUCAGGCGGUACAUCAAACGCGUUCCUCUCGGUGUAGUAUUCGUUAUUGCACCUUGGAACUUCCCGUACCUCACUUCGAUCAACGCUGUUCUACCCGCAGUCGUAGCAGGAAAUGCGGUCAUUCUCAAGCCUUCUCCACAGACGCCCAUGGCAGCCGAGCGUUUCGCUACAGCUCUUGUUAACGCGGGCGUCCCUGAGGGGAUUAUCCAGGUUCUUCACCUCUCACCGACCCUCACCUCCUAUGUCAUUCAACACGAACUUGUGGAUUUCGUAUGCUUUACGGGCAGCGUUGGUGUUGCGUUGGAGCUCGGCGGAAAAGACCCCGCUUAUGGUGAUUUGUUUCAACUCCAACCAUUAUUUCCCCUCUUAUUCCGGCUGUUUACAGGAGCCAUGUUCAACUCGGGUCAGAGUUGCUGCGCGAUAGAACGUAUUUAUGUGCAUGAGUCGGUGUACGAUAAGUUCGUGGAAGGAUACGUCGAUCUCGUCAAGAAAUACAAACUAGGCGAUCCCACCAAGCCUGACACGAAUCUGGGGCCCGUUUUCACCUCGGAGAUAGUGAAAGCAGGGGCAAAAGCUUUGGUUCCAGAGGAGCUGUUCCCCAUUGCUCAACCGAACAACGCAUAUGUUGCCCCUCAAGUGCUUGUGGGUGUUGACCACACCAUGGACGUGAUGAUGGAGGAGACAUUUGGACCUGUUGUCGGCAUUCAGAAGGUAUCAUCCGACGAGGAGGCGGUUCGCCUUAUGAACGACUCUCCGUAUGGUCUCACGGCAUCUAUCUGGACCAAUGCAGCUGAGAACCCCGAGUCCGAGAAGGCGUUCCUCCACGUUGUUGAUCAGUUGAACACUGGAACCGUGUUUCUCAACCGUUGCGAUUUCCUCGAUCCUGCGUUGUCUUGGACUGGUGUCAAGAACAGCGGUCGGGGGGUCAGCCUCAGUAAAUUCGGUUACGAUCAACUCACUCGGCCCAAGUCUGUUCACAUGAAGAUCCAGACCAAGUAAACAUCGCGUUCUUUUCCCUCGGAAUCGAGAUACACAUAAUGAUUGUCGUAUAUACUGGGAAAUCUUACUUGCUACUUCAAGUCCCUCCCCGAAAUACAUUGUCGAUAUUAUAUUGCCCUGUCGUGUAAGGUUAGCAUGUUUGAAGAACACCAGGUAAAAAAGACAGAUAGAUCAGGACCCUCUAGCGUAUAAUGAGGGACAGGGUAAUAAAUCCUCAAAGAAGCACUCGGCCUGGUGCACAGCAAAGAAAUCAUCUUGAAAAUACUAGGCAUGGACUCUAUUUUACUUACCUCUGGGAAUGGUCCUGGGUUGUCAACAGAUGGAGGGAAAU